AUGGAGCAUAAAGAGUCACUAGCAAGGCCCAAUCCCACCUCGGCCCAGGAUUUCUGUCCUGAUGCUGGGAAGAUUCCUGAUGCGCCCAUCUCAAAGGGCUUUUUUACCAUGUCAAAUGGUUGUCCGUUGGAGGAUCCAUUGUUGACGGAAAGAGUCGACAAGCUGGACGGCAAACAUCGAAUGGCCUCCCAGCUGAUCCAAGAUCUCAAUGUUAUUGAUACCAUCUCUCAUGUUACCCGUGAGCGGAUUCCGGAAAGAUACGUGCAUGCAAAGGGAGUAGGCGCCUUCGGCGUGUUCGAAGUUACGAACAAGGACUUCACGGUAAGCGAUUACACUGAUGCUAAGUUCCUUAAUGCUACUGGCAAAAAGACACGGCUUUUUGCGCGAUUUUCGACUGUUGCUGGGGAGAGAGGCUACCCGGACACUGUGCGAGAUACCAAGGGCGCGGCCUUUAAGUUUUACACUGAGGAAGGGAACCUUGACUGGCUGUUUCUCAACCCUGAAAUCUUCUUGAUCAGGGACCCUGCCAAGUUCCCUUCUCUUGUCCACGCGACGAAGCGUGAUCCCGCCAGCAACCUGCCGGACUCCAACAUGUUUUGGGACUACUUCAACAACCACCCAGAGGGGUAUAACGCAUUGAUGAGAAUUUUCAGUGAUGAGGGUACUCCAAAGUCGUACUCUCGAAUGCAGGCAUCUAGUAAACAAGACCACAGUUGGGAGCACACCCUGGUCAGGAUCAAACUAGUUCCUGACCCUGCCAUCGAUCCUGACAAUGACUAUUUCGACCUGGGCGCUGCGACCACCAUGGCUGGUAAGGACCCAGACUGGCUGGCUCGUGUUUUAUAUGCCGAAAUUACGAAAGCGCGAUCGGAUCCAGUGAACAACAAGUACCCAGCCUGGAAGGUCAUGGCACAAAUAGUCAAAGACCCCAGCAUGAGCCCUGUGAACAUCUUUGAUGCCACCAAGAUCCUCCCAGAGAAUGUGUUUCCAUGGAAAGAAUUCGGCAAGAUAACCUUGACUGAAUGUCCUCAGAAUUUCUUCACACAAGUAGAACAGGCCGCCUUCAAUCCGGCAAAUAUCGUGCCUGGCUGGGAUAUCUCUCCUGAUCCUCUACUUCAGAUUCGCCUGUUCGCCUACGGAGAUACACAACGAUACCGUCUCGGCGUCAACAACGACCAGCUGCCCACAAACCGGCCAUGCUCAUAUGUCUACAGCCCCACAAGGCGAGAUGGAGCGUACAACAUGACCAACUACGCCAACGCGCGCAAUUACAUUCGAAGCGAUGAUAACAAGGUCGCCCCGGACAACCAUAAUAUAAGUUUCCUCAACUGGUCUGGCAACCUUGAACGCUUUAAGAGUGCUAUGGACACCACGGACUACACACAAUGCAAUGAUCACUACAUGAGCAUGACUCCAAAAUUGCGGAAAAACUUCGUGACGAAUGUUGUGGCUUCUCUCUCUACGGCCCGUAUAAUACCGACACAACAGAGAUCGCUAGAGAUCUUCAAGCUGAUUAAUAGCGAUCUCGCUGAUGAGAUCAGAAAGGCUUUGACGAAGAGAAUUCUCGCUAAUAAGACACUGGCCCAGACCACCGUGGGUGUCGAAGCAGGAGCAGAGCAACCUCACGAAGUCAGUUACGUUCCACCUACAGCACCGGAUCCUUCAACCGGUGUGGUAGAGGAUCUUUUCAAGAAGAUGUAA